CCGAUGCGGGACUCGAUCCCGGGACUCCAGGGUCAUGACCUGAGCCGAAGGCAGUCGCUUAACCAACUGAGCCACCCAGGCGCCCAAUUUUGGUUUUUAACAUAUUGUAUAAAGAUACAGUUUUUCUCGAUUACUGAGUUUUUUGAUGCCCCCUUAAAAUUUAUACGUGAGCCAAGUGCCUGCCUGGCCACACCUUGUUCCCACCUUAAAGUCUGGUCCCUUGCUAGCUGUGUCGCUUUGGGCAAGUUGUUUAACCUCUCAGAGCUUUUGGAUUUCUGGUCUGUAACAUGGGGAUAAUCCCUGUACCUACACAUUUUACAGACCGGCACGCAGUAGGCUUAAGUCAAUGUGUCUUUCCUACGGGGAGGCCUGGUGUAGGGCCACACACCCAAAAUGGAUGUGACCUAGCCCUGACCUUCCGGAGAGCUGGCCCACCUGCCUAGAACCCCUUCCUGCUUUAUUUCCCAAGGGAAACCUGCUCUUUUCUCUCUCCUGUCUCAGCCUGAGCCCCCUACAAAGUCCUCAGGGGCGGGACCCAAAGCUGUUCACCAAAAGGCCUCCGUGGCCCCCCAGCCCCUUCCAUUCUGGCUGCCCUCCCCCUCCCCUGCCUACCCCACCCUCCCCUCUGCCCAUUCCUGUUGAAGGCCUCAGCUCCUCUGUGCCUCUGCACUGCCGUGAGGCCUGCACUUUGCAGGGCUGAAGUCCAAAGUUCAGUCCCUUCGCUAAGCACACGGAUAAAUAUGAACCUUGGAGAAUUUCCCCAGCUCCAAUGUAAACAGAGCGGGCAGGGGCCCUGAUUCACUGGCCGCUGGGGCCAGUGUUGGGGGUUGGGGGUGCCCACAGGGCUUGGUUCGUGGGGUUUGGGGGGGCAGUAGGUGCAAGGAUCCUGGUUUGUGCCUGCCUGCUGGUCGGCCAGCAAGUAGACAGCCCACUCGGUGGGGGAGGCGGCCGUUUUGGUGGCCCCAGGCCGCGUGGCCCAGUGGUAGCAGAGCCAUGGUUUCUAAACUGAGCCAGCUGCAGACGGAGCUCCUGGCCGCCCUGCUCGAGUCGGGCCUGAGCAAAGAGGCACUGAUCCAGGCACUGGGUGAGCCGGGGCCCUACCUGCUGGCUGCCGAUGGCCCCCGGGACAAGGGGGAGUCCUGUGGCGGCGGUCGGGGCGAGUUGGCUGAGCUGCCCAACGGGCUGGGGGAGGCCAGGGGCUCCGAGGACGAGACGGACGACGAUGGGGAAGACUUCACGCCGCCCAUCCUCAAAGAGCUGGAGAACCUCAGCCCCGAGGAGGCGGCCCACCAGAAAGCCGUGGUGGAGACCUUGCUGCAGGAGGACCCAUGGCGUGUGGCGAAGAUGGUCAAGUCCUACCUGCAGCAGCACAACAUCCCACAGAGGGAGGUAGUCGACACGACUGGCCUCAACCAGUCGCACCUGUCCCAGCACCUCAACAAGGGCACCCCCAUGAAGACACAGAAGCGAGCCGCCCUGUACACCUGGUACGUCCGCAAGCAGCGAGAGGUGGCCCAGCAGUUCACCCACGCAGGGCAGGGCGGGCUGAUUGAAGAGCCCACAGGUGAUGAGCUGCCAACCAAGAAGGGGCGGAGGAACCGUUUCAAGUGGGGCCCAGCCUCCCAGCAGAUCCUGUUCCAGGCGUAUGAGAGGCAGAAGAACCCCAGCAAGGAGGAGCGAGAGGCACUGGUGGAGGAGUGCAACAGGGCAGAGUGCAUCCAGAGGGGCGUGUCGCCGUCGCAGGCACAGGGACUGGGCUCUAACCUCGUCACGGAGGUGCGUGUCUACAACUGGUUUGCCAAUCGGCGCAAGGAAGAAGCUUUCCGUCACAAGCUGGCCAUGGACACAUACAGCGGGCCGCCCCCGGGGCCAGGCCCGGGCCCCGCCCUGCCUGCCCACAGCUCCCCGGGCUUGCCCCCACCCGCCCUCUCCCCCAGUAAGGUCCAUGGUGUGCGCUAUGGACAGCCAGCAACCAGCGAGGGGGUGGAAGCGCCCUCAAGCAGUGGUGGUCCCUUGGUGACAGUGUCUGCGCCCCUGCACCAAGUGUCCCCCACGGGCCUGGAGCCCAGUCACAGCCUGUUGAGCACCGAAGCCAAGCUGGUGAGUGUCCCCACACCCCGCAGGUGGGGAAGACCCGUCCAACCCCAUCUCCUACCUUCCCUUGGCUGGGAGAUUCUGGGGUGGUCCCCAGGGACACUAUGGGGCCCCACCCAGACUCAGCUUGGUUUCCCCUCCAAGGUCUCAGCAACUGGGGGCCCUCUGCCCCCUGUCAGCACCCUGACAGCACUGCACAGCUUGGAGCAGACCUCCCCAGGCCUCAACCAACAGCCCCAGAAUCUCAUCAUGGCAUCGCUUCCCGGGGUCAUGGCCAUUGGGCCUGGUGAGCCUGCCUCCCUGGGCCCCACGUUCACCAACACAGGUGCCUCCACCCUCGUUAUUGGCCUGGCCUCUACUCAGGCACAGAGUGUGCCGGUCAUCAACAGCAUGGGCAGCAGCCUGACCACCCUGCAGCCAGUCCAGUUCUCCCAGCCGCUGCACCCAUCCUACCAGCAGCCACUCAUGCCUCCCAUGCAGAGCCAUGUGGCCCAGAGCCCCUUCAUGGCCACCAUGGCCCAGCUGCAGAGCCCCCACGCCCUCUACAGCCACAAGCCUGAGGUGGCCCAGUACACCCACACAGGCCUGCUUCCGCAGACCAUGCUCAUCACCGACACCACCAACCUGAGCGCCCUGGCCAGCCUCACGCCCACCAAGCAGGAGGCUGCUCUGUUCCCCCAGGUCUUCACCUCAGACACUGAAGCCUCCAGUGAGUCUGGGCUUCAUACGCCGGCGUCUCAGACCACCACCAUCCACAUCCCCAGCCAGGACCCUGCAGGCAUCCAGCACCUGCAGCCUGCCCACCGGCUCAGCGCCAGCCCCACCGGUGAGCAGCCUUUCCCUGCUCCCUCAGCUGGGGAGGAAGGUGUGUGCAGCAAACGGGAGGGCACCCUGCGCUCCCCUGAAGUGAGCCAAGAGGGGUACGAAACCACAGGAAAAUGGCCCUAUCUUACGGGAUUAGCUCACUGACUCGGUUGAGGAAAAAGAUUAACUGCAAGAGAGAGUAGAGGGUACUAGUGAGGAGUACGCUGGGUUUGCCAUGGGCCAGAAGGGGCUCACAGGCGUGUUGGUUUGGCUCAGGGCCUGGCACUGAUUGAGUAUGUUGCCGACAUUUAAAAAUUAGUUUUCACAAAGAAAUCGUGGUUUCUGGCUUUUCUUGGAAAAUUGGAGACUCGUGUUCCCACGUGGCAACAACAGAGUGUGGGCUCUCCAGGUCACCACAUCCCCCUUGAGCAAUUCGUUUCCAUCCCCUGAUGCCCCGAGUCUGCAAUAAUGAAGAGUGGGCACUUGGGAGUCGGGCUGCUGGGCUCUGAGGCUGCGGGCGAUCACUUGUUAUGUGCGUGACUUUGGGCGGCUGCUUCCCCCACCCUCCCAGCCCCCUCUGUGAGCCUCAGGUUCCUCCAUCCAGCCCUGGAGGCUGCGGGGACAGUUACUGAGGGCACCACAGGGCCAGGCUCCAUGCUUUCUCCCCCAGGUACGGGUCAUCAUCCCCAUUUUACAAAUGAGAAUGCAGACACUCAAGAGCUGUGGGACUUGGCCUUGCCUCCAACAGUGACUAGGCGGCAGGGCCAGGAUUUGAACCCAGGUCCAAGAUCAAAGCCCAUUCUCUUAGCCAUCAUAGUCAGUCAGGGUUCUGGUGAGACAGGACCAACAGGAAUACAGCUGGCCCCUGAGCAGCACGGGGUUUGAACGGCACGGGCCCACUUAUACACCAAUAAUUUUUGACACAGCACAGGGCUGUAAGUGUACCUUCUCUUCCUUACGACGCUCUCAGUAACUUUCUUUUCUCUAGCUUUGUUGUAAGAAUACAGUGUAUAAUACCUAGAACAUACAAAAUAUGUGCUGUUUAGGUUAUUGGUACAGCUUUGGGUCAGCAGUAGGCUGUUAGUAGUUGAGUUUUUGUGGAGUCAAAAGUUAUAUGCAGAUUUGUGACUGUGCGGGGGUCAGUGCCCCUGGCCCCCCUGCACUGUUCAAGGGUCAACUAUACAUACACCUGUAUUUAAGGAAACUGGCUCACAUGCCUGUGGGGCUGGUAGGUCUGAAAGCUGUAGGGCAGGCAGAGGCAGUUUUGAGGCAGGAUUCCUUUUUCUCUAGGAAACCUCAGCUUUUGCUCCUAAAGCCUUCAACUGACUAGAUGAGACCCACUCAUGUCAUCAAGAGAAAUCUCCGUUACUUCCAGUCGACCAAUUUUAGGUGUUAACCGUAGAUACAAAACACCUCCAUGGCAACACUUAAAUGUUUGCUUUGGUGCCUGUCCCAAGGCCUAUCAACAAUGAUGCGUGAAACUAACCACACCGUCUCACCCGGGCCUCUCGAGUUUCCGCCAGAAAGCCCUGAGGCAGCCACUCCCCGGGCAGCUGCAGAGCCUGGCUGGGGGGUUGAUGAGACCCAAACACAGACGUCUGGUUUUGGGGUAUUGUUAUCUGUUGCAGUUCGGGGGGUGGUGAGGCCCUGUGCCCCCUGUGCCAAGUGCCCCUUGGGGUGGGCGGGCGAGGCGGGGUCAGGAAGGGCCGGGCCGGCAGCCAGUUGACUCACUUGCCCCCGCAGUGUCCUCCAGCAGCCUGGUGUUGUACCAGAGCCCCGACUCCAGCCAUGGCCACGGCCACCUGCUGCCAGCCAACCACAGCGUCAUCGAGACCUUCAUUUCCACGCAGAUGGCUUCAUCCACCCAGUAACCAUGGCAACCGCCU